AUCAGGUGGACCAAAACAGCAGGAAGUGCCUCUGACAGAUUUCAAGAUUCCAGUGUCUUCAAUGAAACCCUGAGGAUCUCCAACAUCCAACGGCACCAAGGAGGACGCUACUACUGCAAGGCUGAGAACGGUUUGGGCUCACCAGCCAUCAAGUCCAUACGAGUGGAUGUCUACUAUUUGGAUGACCCAGUAGUGACAGUCCACCAGAGCAUCGGGGAGGCAAAGGAGCAGUUUUACUAUGAGAGGACAGUGUUCCUCAGGUGUGUGGCCAACUCUAACCCCCCCGUCCGCUACAGCUGGCGCCGUGGCCAGGAGGUCUUGCUGCAAGGCUCUGACAAAGGGGUGGAGAUCUACGAGCCCUUCUUUACCCAGGGAGAAACAAAGAUCCUGAAGCUGAAGAACCUCCGACCUCAGGACUAUGCCAACUACAGCUGCAUCGCCUCGGUGAGGAAUGUCUGCAGCAUCCCUGACAAGAUGGUGUCCUUCCGACUCUCCAACAAAACAGCAUCCCCUUCAAUCAAGCUUCUUGUGGAUGACCCGAUAGUGGUGAACCCUGGAGAGGCCAUCACCUUAGUCUGUGUGACAACAGGAGGGGAGCCAGCCCCCAGCCUGACGUGGGUGAGGUCUGCAGGCACCCUGCCCGAGAAGACAGUCCUCAACGGUGGCACGCUGACUAUCCCUGCCAUCACCUCAGAAGAUGCUGGCACCUACAGUUGCAUCGCCAAUAACAACGUUGGGAAUCCUGCAAAGAAGUCCACCAACAUCAUCGUGAGAGCCUUAAAAAAGGGACGUUUUUGGAUCACCCCUGACCCCUAUCACAAAGACGACAACAUCCAGAUUGGGCGAGAGGUGAAGAUCUCCUGCCAGGUGGAGGCCAUCCCUUCUGAAGAGCUGACCUUCAGCUGGUUUAAGAACGGGCGUCCAUUGAGAAGCUCAGAGAGGAUGGUGAUCACCCAGACUGACCCCGACGUCUCCCCUGGCACCACCAACCUGGACAUCAUCGACCUGAAGUUCACUGACUUUGGGACCUACACGUGUGUUGCGUCUCUGAAGGGUGGUGGGAUAUCAGAUAUCAGCAUUGAUGUCAACAUCUCCAGCAGCACGGUCCCACCCAAUCUGACUGUUCCUCAAGAGAAGUCACCGCUGGUGACGCGGGAAGGGGACACGAUCGAGCUGCAGUGCCAGGUGACCGGGAAGCCCAAGCCCAUCAUCCUCUGGUCCCGAGCAGACAAGGAGGUGGCCAUGCCGGAUGGGGCGAUGCAGACCGAGAGCUACGACGGGAUCUUGAGGAUCGUCAACGUCUCCAGGGAGAUGACAGGGACCUACCGCUGCCAGACCAGCCAGUACAACGGCUUCAACGUCAAACCCAGAGAAGCUCUGGUGCAGCUCAUCGUGCAGUACCCCCCCGCCGUGGAACCCACCUUCCUGGAGAUUCGGCAGGGCCAGGGCCGGAGCGUCACCAUGAGCUGCAGGGUGCUGAGGGCUUAUCCCACGCGGGUGCUGAGCUACGAGUGGCGCCUGGGCCCCAAGCUGCUGCGCAGCGGGCAGUUCGACGGGCAGGACUCCACCCAGUACACGGUCAGCAGCCUGGCCAGGGACACCUACGGCACCUACAACUGCAACAUCCUCAACGAGGCGGGGGCCGGGCUGCCGCGCUGCAGCUUCCUCCUCACCG